AUGGCAGCAUCAUUUUUAAUUUCAGACUGUCUAGAAACAAUUUUUUCAACCUUACUUGUCAAAAAUCCGAUUAAUUACACUUAUUGUUAUAUAUCAACUAAAGAUAUAUAUUCCUGUACGUUAGUUUCAAAACAUUGGUGUAAAAUCUCAACGCCAUACUUAUACGCUUAUCCAUUUCAUUAUUUCGCUUAUUCAAAGUCUCAUUGGAACUACUAUUAUGAAGAAAACCCAUCUUAUUAUAAACUAAUUCGUACUUUAUUAAGUUGCAUUCCUAAAUCUGAAAUUGAACAAAUUUUAAUUUCAAAUUCUUUUAAUAUACAAAAGUUAUUACCCUCAUAUAUUUCAGCAACUUUUAAUUAUAUUGCUUUUAUUCAUGGUAUAAUUUUUGAUAAAAUAUUAUUAAAUAUAAAUUCAGAGAAAGUAACUGAUAAUCAAAAAAUAUGGUUACCUCCUUAUAUUAUUAUAAAUGAUUUUCAAUUCUCAGAAAUAUCAAUUCCAAUUAUGAAAUAUUUUGUAGAAUACUUGUGCAAACAUUGUGAUAAUUUAACAACGUUGGAUUUUCCAUUUGCAAUAUCAAAUGAUGAUUUAUCUGAUAAUAUAAUUAACUUGUUAACUUUUAAUUAUGAUAAUGGAAUAAAUAAGUUAACUAAUUUAAAAGAAUUAAGUUGUGUUUAUAACGAAGUUUUUAACGAAGAUAUAAAUAAAGAUAGUGGAAAAUUACCAAAGGAUAUUUAUUUGGCUCUUUCAAAUAACAUUUGUAAUCUAAAUUUACUAUAUAAUGAAAGUAUGGGACCUCCUUUUGCAAAUUCAUUAUCCAAAUUUAUUUCUUUACAAAAAAAUUUGCAAUAUAUUAUAUUAUCAGAAACAAAAUAUAGUUCAAUCUUUUGUGAUUAUUUUGCUCCUUAUAAAUAUAAUGUUAGUUUUAAUUCAUUAUCAACACAAAGUAAAAGUUUGCAAGUAUUAGAUUUUAGGUAUUUCGACUUUUCUGGAAUAAAUGAGGAGGCCUUAAACUCAUUAUUUUUACUUAAAAAUAUCAAAAAAUUAAAAUUAAAUAAUUGUAAAAUAUAUUAUAAUUUAAAUUAUUGGGCAAAAAAUUUAACAAAACUCGAAGUUCUUGAAUUUUAUGAUAAUGAUAUUUCACUUAACUCAGCAAAAUUUUUAACUCAAUUAUUUCAAUCUUCUCCCAACACUUUAACUAAAUUAAUAUUGAAUUAUAAUAAAAUAAACGCCAAACAUAGCAGUAAAUUAACACAACAAAUCCCACUUUAUUUACACUCAUUAAUUCAUUUAGAACUUCGUAUUAUUACUAUAGAUCAAUUAAUUAACAUAUUUAAAUCAUGUAUUGAAUUAACUUAUCUUAAUGUAGCAUUAAGUGGUAAAAAAAAUUUCAAAGAUUUAGGUAAAUUUAUUCCUAAAAGUUUACAAAAAAUUCGUUUUGGAAAUUUAUUGUUUAAAAGUAAUGAAUUGAAAUUCUUUCUUGAAGAGUGUGUAAAUAAUGAUAGCAAGUUAAAAUAUAUAGAGAUAGUAAACUGUGCGAUUAAAGAUAAGUAUUUUGAUGUUGUUAAAGAAUUUGAUGUGAAGCUAAUUAAAGUAUCAACAUCAUAA